AUGGUUAGCUACAACCAGCCUCUUCUAAAUACAUCCACCAAUUUAGAUUCUAGCAUCGAUACCACAAUAAAUAAUCUCCCGGAUAAAAUUAUUCACGAGGUUAACUUUCCUGCUGAUAUCGUUCCCUACAACAAACCUCCUCUCAAUACAUCUGCCAAUCAGCAAACUAGUUCCGAUUAUCAUGAAUACAAUAAUCAGAAUCAUUUUGUUAAACAACACAUUUUGUCAACUUUAGAUAGCGCCGAUUACCGCUCCCUCUCUCAACGGUCAAUCGCAAUCAAUCAGCAACCCAUUUUAAAUACCUCACCCGUUCUGCAAGAUCUUCAGGAUACUAAAGAAAACAGGCUGGUGACAUCUUUCCUUGCCUUAAAAACUCUUCCAAUUACUACCCAAGAUAACAAUAAUGGUAAAACCCCUCAACAUGUAACCGUCAAUGCCAAAAUUAGAACUAUGAACGAACCUCCAUUCAAUGUCUCCAUCAAGAACAUCGGUCCUAGUACUAGCAAAACAUAUCUCCUAUCAAAAAUCCCAAUACGAAAAUCCUCUCAAAGUCGUUUAAAAGUUAUUCAAACUCAUUUGCAAUCUACUCCAAGUACCUCCUGUAUCCGGCAACCUCUUCAGGAUACUGCAGAAAAUAAUCUAACAAAUCAAACCCGUGAACAUGAAUAUUUUUCUGUCGAUAUUGUUCCCAUUACUAAUAUGAGUAAAAAUAUGAGUAAAAUCCCAAAAAGUGUGCCUUUAAAUGCCAAAAUUAGUAUCAUGAACGAACCUCCAUCCAAUAUUUCCAUCGAGAAUAUGUGUCUUAUUACUACCAAAGAAUAUCCCCCAUCUGAAAUCCUAAUAUCUAAAUCCCGUCCAAUUCAUACGUACUACAAGUUCACUCUAAAUCUUCGCAGGAAACGUGAACGAUUUAACGAUACAGCCACAUUCAUUGAGCGAUAUUAUCACCGAAUACGGGCAUGGCUUCUACGUAAAUUUUAA